ACUUCUCCCCUCUUUCUUAAGCAUCAACGCAAACAAGCCACGCCCUUCUCCAUUCCCCUGCUUAUAUUCCCCAACCACUCUCUCAAAAUUCAUCCUUCUUUAUUUUUUCCCAACCACUUCUCUCUCUAAUUAAUUUUGUCUAUUCGCUUUUUUUCUCUCUCUUUCCUCCACAUUCUCACGUUUUCUCUCUGCCCAAACACCAAGGGUAAUACAAACGACGCACCCGCUAACCAGCCAUGUUUCGUCUGAGCAAUAAUUUGGUUGGAAUACUUAACUUCCUUACCUUCCUCUUUUCCAUCCCGAUCCUUGGCGGGGGGAUCUGGCUCCGAAACCAUGGUAACUCUGAAUGCGAGAAGUUUCUCGCCACUCCUGUGAUCGUCAUCGGUGUUUUCCUGAUGUUGGUUUCUUUGGCGGGUCUCAUCGGCGCGUGCUGCCGUGUGUCGUUGUUACUCUGGGUGUAUCUCUUUGUCAUGUUCCUUCUGAUUGUGUUGCUAUUUUGUUUCACGAUAUUUGCUUUUGUAGUUACCAACAAAGGGGCUGGACAGGUAGUGUCUGGCAAGGGAUACAAGGAGUAUAGGUUGGGAGAUUACUCAAACUGGUUGCAGAAGCGAGUAAAUAAUACUAAGAAUUGGAACAAGAUUAAGAGUUGUUUGAUUGAUGGGAAAGUUUGCUCUGAUUUUAACGAGAAAUAUCUGAACGAUACUGUGAACAAGCUUUAUACCGAACACUUAUCUGCUAUUCAGUCUGGAUGCUGUAAGCCAGCAGAUGAUUGUGGAUUUGAGUAUGUAGGUCCAAUCAAUUGGACCCCAUCAAACACUACAACUUCCCCAAAUCCAGACUGUGCUGCAUGGAGCAAUAAUCCUGAUAGUCUAUGCUUUAACUGCAAUUCAUGCAAGGCUGGACUGCUAGACAACAUUAAGAGAGACUGGAAAAAGGUUGCUGUUGUGAACAUCAUAUUCCUUAUUUUCCUCAUCGUUGUCUACUCUGUUGGAUGCUGCGCUUUCAGGAACAACAGAAGGGAUAAUGCUUAUUAUUCUGGAUGGAAGCACCCUUAGAGAGAUUCUUUCACUUGAUUUCAUGAAGGUUGAAUAUUUAUGCUGGAUUUUAUUAAUUAGCUGUAGGAAAACUUCUUAUUUAUUUGCUGCUUGCGCUGUUAUUAUUAUGUAAAUUUUGCUUUGGGAUUGUUCAUUGUAUAGCAGCAUUUUAUGUGCUUUAUUUUUUAUGUUCUUAGAACACCCUGUGGACAUGUGAGGUUAAGUGUUAUUUUUCUUUCGAAUUCCCUUUCGCGUUUCAGAUGGGCAGAUGUUUUGAGGCCACAGGGACGGGGUCCAUUAUGGGUCGGACUUGAAUUAGCCGGCGGGCGGCUGAGUCAGUUCAAAAUUUAUAGGAUAAAGACAAGUAUUAUUGCUCAAGAUCCAAUUACCUUGUUUCA